UAGUAUUUAGAUUAGGCUGGUCGUGAGUAGGCUUUAUAAACGUGUUUCUGUUUUUAAAAAAAAAAAUCUGGAUUCUGGAAACACAGGGGAGUUGAACUGUCUGUCCGUAUUACUCCAUAGUGGUAGUACAUCGUUUAUCUGUGUCAACAUAGUUGCUUGUUGCUGCUUACAACCAUCGUCGAGUAGGCCCAUGGAAGGGGUUUUCCCCGAAAAGGCUUCCCUGGUGUUUACCCUGCACUCGCAUCGUGAACACGUCGUGGCUGCACCGCUCUGCGAUUGGAUGGAUUCUUUGUCAGUAUAAACGAGCUGCAUCAUUUCCCCGUGCUAGGCACACCUUGUAGCAGAAGUGCUAGGAUACUGCUGGAGGUGGGUGUCUCGAGCGGUCCGAAUGGGACACAGUGCCGCACUGUCUCGGUUCGCUUCCGUAUAUCUUUUUGUUUAGUUUUAACGGGGAGUACGUUCUGAAACAUCAAGACACAUCUUUUUUCGCGUUGAAGAAUGGUUGGCCUGACACAGCAGCGAUGGCGACAGAGUGCAUAAUUUAAUACGUGGAAAGACCAAGCGGGGGUGGGAAACCUACCAAAGCUAGCCAACAAGCUAGCUGUCUCUGGCUAGUGAAAACGCAGGUUCUUUUCCCUGCUCCAUUUUCCAUCUGCCUUGACAGAUCUUCAGGACAUUACCGGUUGGUCAAUGCCAUAACGCGUAUUAUUUUAUUAAGAAAAUGAACCGUGUGGGAUUUUGUGGACCUGGUAAAGAGGUCGCUAGCUCUGGAAACGACAUACGAGACUCCAGUGACAAAGGUUGGAUAAAUUGCUAUGCUAGUUAGCCAACUAGAGCUCUACGUUACUGUAGCAAGCUGACUGGAUGGGACAACCGUCUCGUAAGACCCACAAUUGUACAUUGCCAUGCGAAUUAACACACGUAGUUGACCGCUAACUCAGUGUCGUUUUAUAUAUGUCAUCACUUGGACGACCAUCGACAGUUUAAUGUAGAUAGUGCAACGUUGACACAUAACCCCAGUCGACUAUUCCGUGACAGGGGGGUUAGCUAAGAUAGCUAGAGUCUAGGUAACGCUGGUUGUAAAUUUCCCUGCCGUCAAUCAAAUUGUUAAGGAAGUAACCCUCUAAUCAGUACUAUCUGGCACUUCAAAGUCUUCAUGCGGCCUUAUUGCUUGUUGGUCAUCAUUGGUUUUGCAUUGUAAUUGGGUGAUUUGUUCCUUUUAGUGUAGUGGUAACUGGUAAUCUCAGUCGGUCAACAUAACACGGGGUCAGAUCAUCAGUAGAUUAGUAUUUGGACAUUCGGUUGAAAUGCGAAACCCAAAACAUUCAUUUUUCUGGUGAACGUCUAUGAUAAUUGAGUAGUAACUGCUUGUCACCAAACUGCAAUGGAUUUAAAAACGGCUGUUUUCAACGCUGCCAGAGAUGGGAAGCUCCGGCUGCUCCAGAAACUACUGGAAAACAAAAGUGACCCCGAGGUCACGAAACUUAUGUCGGAGAAAACAAACGGGGCAACACCGCUGCUCAUGGCCGCUCGAUACGGACAUCUCGAACUGGUGGAAUACCUUCUGGAGUGCUGUUGUGCCUCAGUCGAGAUUGGGGGAUCUGUAAACUUUGACGGCGAAACGAUAGAAGGGGCUCCGCCGUUAUGGGCGGCUUCAGCCGCUGGCCACUUGAAGGUGGUGCAGUCGCUAGUAGGUCAUGGAGCUUCUGUAAACAACACAACCCUUACCAACUCCACGCCUCUUCGAGCCGCUUGUUUUGACGGACAUCUCGACAUUGUCAAGUACUUGGUGGAGCAUAAAGCAGACCUCGAGGUGGCCAACAGACAUGGGCACACGUGUCUAAUGAUCUCCUGUUACAAGGGCCACAAGGAGAUUGCCCAAUACCUGCUGGAGAAAGGCGCAGAUGUCAACAGAAAAAGUGUAAAAGGUAACACAGCUCUGCACGACUGCGCAGAGUCUGGCAGUCUGGAGAUCCUCCGGCUACUUCUGGACUACGGUGCCCGUAUGGAGCGCGACGGCUACGGUAUGACGCCACUGUUGUCCGCCAGUGUGACCGGCCACGCCAACAUUGUGGACUUCCUGGUCCAACACCCACUCACGCCGCCGGCAGAGCGUGCGGAUGCGCUGGAGUUGCUGGGUGCCACCUAUGUGGACAAGAAGCGCGACCUUCUGGGUGCCCUGCAGCACUGGCGCCAGGCCUUGGAGCUCCGACACCACCACCACCACGUCGACCACCACCCCUACCACCACCACCACGCCGUCAACCUGCCGCUGCCCAAGUCACGUGCCGAGCAGCUGGUGGCGGCCUACGACUUUGCGGUGGAGGCGAGCAGCGAGGAGGAGCUGGAGGCCCUGAUCUCGGACCCGGACGGCAUGCGCAUGCAGGCGCUGCUGAUCCGCGAGCGGGUGUUGGGGCCCGCCCACCCGGACACCUCCUACUACAUCCGCUACCGCGGCGCCGUCUACGCCGACUCGGGCAACUUCUCGCGCUGCGUGGCGCUCUGGAGCUACGCGCUGGACAUGCAGCAGCGGCACCUGGAGCCGCUCAGCCCCAUGACGGCCAGCAGCCUGCUCUCCUUCGCCGAGCUCUUCUCCUUCAUGCUGCAGGACCGCGCCAAGGGCCUGCUGGGCACCUCCGUCUCCUUCCACGACCUCAUGGCCAUCCUGGGCAAGAGCGUGCUGGAGAUCGAGCGGGCCAUCAAGCAGCAGACCUCCGCGGCUUCCUCGAGUGGAGCGGCCGGCUCACUAACCACGACUGUAGCCCCUGCGACAAAUACUUCCCCUUCCUCCUCGGUGCCGGACCCGGCCCAGCUGAGCAAGGCGCUCUCCAUCAUCCUGCACCUGAUCUGCCUGCUGGAGAAGGUGCCCUGCACGUCGGAGCAGGACCACCUGAAGAAGGAGACCAUCUACCGCUUCCUGAAGCUGCGGCCGUGCGGCAAGAACGGCUCCAGCCCGCUGCACCUGGCGGCCGACCGCGCCACCACCUGUGUGGGCCGCUACCCUGUCUGCCGCUUCCCCUCGCUGCAGGUCGCCGCCGUCCUCCUGGAGUGCGGCGCAGACGUGAACUGCCGCGACGCGCAGGACAACUCGCCACUGCACGUGGCGGCCUCCAACCAGCAGCCGGAGCUGAUGCGCCUGCUGAUCGACCGCGGCACGCACUUUGACAGCACCAACGCCGCGCGGCAGACGGCCUGCGACCUGCUGGGCCAGAAGGAGCUGGCGCGCAGCCUCAUCCAGCCGGUCAACCACACCACGCUGCAGUGCCUGGCCGCCAGAGCCAUCGUCCACCACGGGCUGGUCUACCAGGGCAACAUACCCCAGCGCUUGGAGGACUUUGUGCUUCUGCACAGAUAGUGGCGGGAGACACUUGGGCAGCUUAUACACAAGAGGAGUUAUCUGACUGCCAAGAGCCACCAUCCUCCACAAAGACGACGUACCCCAGCAUCUCGCGGUCUAUCCACCAUCUACACAGACUGUGGUGCAAUGGCAGUAAAUGGCAUUUGGCAGCCAAGACGGAUUGAAGAGCAGUUACCUGCCUGUUGGAGCCAUAGUUCACCACGGCCUGGAUUACCAGGUCAACAUACCCCAGGGGCAGGAGGAAUUUGUGCUUUUGCACAGAUAAUAGCGUAGAGACAGAGACGAUUGGAAGCCAAUACAAAAGAACAGCACUUGGCUGGUUGCUGGAGCUACGAUCCACCACCCACGGCUUUGGUUAUACCAGGACAACAUAAGCCAGCAUCCAGCAUCCUGUGGUCAGUGUGUGUCCUACACAGACCAGUGAUGGAGACAUUUGUAACAACCAACACCAAGGGGAUAUACAAAGCUGUUUCACUAAUAAAACCUGGUGAAGUUAACCCAGAAAAAGCUUUAAACUGGUUUUCAACAGAGCCCAGGAAGUUGCGUCCUCUGAGGUAAAACUGAGCAAUGUGUGUGUUUUCUUACUGCCAUUCCACCUUUUUUUGCUGAAGAGUUGUUGAUUGUGUGCCAUCUGUGUGUGAGGGGAAAGGUUUGCUGCUAUGGUAACAUUGCAGGACAUUUUUUUUAUGCUGGCACACACACCCACAUGGGUCAGUUUUACCUCCUGGUAAAUACUCCAGGACACAGGUUUAGCAACUGGCCUUCCUCAAGUAUAACUCAGGAGAAAUGGAAAAGCUACUAAUAAAGGGGUAUUGAGGCUUCAUGCUCUGUAAAAACAAACAAGCACCAUAGGGCUCUUCUAUAAGGGGUUAAUUCAUCUUGGUUAGUGACUGAACCGCUUUACUUGGACCCAUCACCACCCCGCCCAACCUGAAACAGAAUGGCUGGCAGACGGGGAUAGAAUGAGGAGGUAAAGACAAAUAAGGUGGAAAGUAGGACAUUUGUAAUAGCUUCAUCUUUUUCCCGCCACUGGCUUUGUUUUUAUUCCAACAUGACUCCACAGGGAAAACUCUGCUUUCAUGCAUACACCCCCCACAGUGCUGUCCCUCUUCUACACAGCUUUGUGUUUUUGAUUUUUUUUUUUGUAAAUUUCUUUAUUUUUCUCCUCCACCUCUAUGCACAGUACUUCCCUCUCACUGACAAGUCGAACAUCUUUGUUUGUUUUUCCUUUUACAGAACUUUGACCUUUUAAACAACUUUUUUAUAUAUACAUGUAUAUUCUUAAUGUGUGUGUAUAUAUAUGAACAUGUGUUUUUAGGUUUUGCAUAUACCAUAAGUGCUUUAUCCCUCCACCUAUGCACGGGUAAUGACAGACUGUUCUAUGUGAUGACAUGCCGUUAAAAAAAAAAAAAAGUUGGUUAUUUCUUUGUCACGCUAACUGCCUGUGAGUUUGUUGAUGGUCUUGAGUGGUCCUGUACAAUGGGAUGGAGCCAACAACCAGUCAUAGAGAGGGUGUUUAAAAAUUGCCCAUUCAGCAUUGGUCCUCUGUUCUUUUGGAUCAUUUGGGGUGGUUGAUUGGCCAAUGUGCUUUUCAGUUCUUCAGUAAUGUUUUUUUUUGUUUUGUUUUUUAAGGUUUUCAUGCUGUCAUAUUUUAUGCGAAUAUUUUGAGCCCUUUUGGUUCUGAACAAGGCAAAGCUGUAAACGGCAUGAAGACUAUAAUGUCCGGGGUGAUGCAAUGACGAGUAAUUAACGUUCACUACAACUACUGCACAUAAUUAAACCAGUGAUGACAAACA